UGACUCUUGACUCUUGACUCUUGAGCAUGCGGCACGGCAGAGAGAAGCGAACCCCCUGAAUUGAAAAGAUACACCACUGCUCAGUCACUCAUGCAGAGCUACAACUGAGCUGCGUAGGCUUCCAAUCCUUAUACUGAGGAAAUGGCGAGUCACUGAUCAUUUCAGUCAAUACAUAUUCAAUUCAUCAUGGCUACUUUUUAAUUUAUUAAUUGAAGCUGGCCUCAAUCCCUCCCAGCCUCUGGAUAUCUGAAGUCAAGUCCAGCCCAGCCGCCGCUUUUAAAGCACGACCACGACCCUGGCCCGUUGCCCUUCACAACCAGCCCCCCACCUAAAUAGUCGGAUUAACCAUUCUUCCUUAGCUGCGCUCCCGGCCACCUUAGGUUUGAAACCAUCCAGCGCAACGCAUCCGCAUCCCCAUCCAUCCUGUCGCAAAGCUACCUUACCCUCCCCACACUCUAUCUUGAGCGACCAUCUCUGGCAACUGUGAAUGUGCAACGGUGGAUACUGUUUGUCACAGUAGAUCAAUCAUUGUAUAGCGCAGUACACAUCAUCGCGAGAGCUACGCGACUGCACUCCAAUCCAUCUUAACCGCGUCGCAUAACUCUAACCUUCAAUCCCACGGGUCUCAGACCUCAUCCACUUGACAGACUCGGUCGCAUACACAUACCGAGUACUGGACAUAGAGACUUGAUUCACAUCUUGCAUCUCCAUCUGUAUGGAUGUCGCAAUCUAUGUUUGUACACGGCUAACCUGUGACAGCUUGCCACAAUGGCAUCCCAAUCCUCCUACUCUGGGGUUGCUACACCAGCAGACAACCCUUCUACCCCGCAGCCAAUCGGUGUCGAUAUCCCUUCCAAGGAUGAUAUACCUCGAGGAAUCUCUCCGACUACGUCUAUGAUAGUCGCUGGCUCUGCCUCAUCUAUUACUCCACCUCCCUCAUCGCAACCGCCUGUCAGACGUCCGGCCUCAGCUCCUCGAACUGCCACUCCCGAGCCAACAGUUCUCUCAUCUCCUCCUCCUACUAUCACAAAUGGCACGAGACGCGAUACAGCGAAAAAGUCUGUACCUGCUCGUCCAACUCCCGAUCAAAUCGCGGAUGCCAGUCCUGAAGAGCUGAAGGCGAUGCUGCUAAAAGUUGUGGCUGAGAAUGAGAAGUUGGACAUGGCAGUGAGUGAAGCGAGAAUGUCGGCAGCACACUACAAGCUCCAACAUAACCUUCUCACGAUCGAGAGUGAAGAGGCGUUGAAACGCAUGGAAGUAGAACAUGAUAUUACUAGACGAGAAGUUCAGGUCCUUCAGGUCAAUGGACGGGAUACUACCACCAGCGACUACACUCAAAAAUUGAAGGCUCACUGCAAGAUGGUUGAGGAAGACAACCUUCUUCACCGCCGUCGCUUGGAGAAAGCUAAGCGACUCCUCGAGACGAAAGAGGAGGAGAUCCUGGAUGCCAAGGACGAGAUCGUACGCCUACAGCAACGUAUCCGCCAAAACCGUGAACACAUCAAUAUUCUUCGCAGCCCAGGUGGCCCUCUACAUAUCUCUACCCCAAAGACGACUCCAGCCACUCCUCACCAAUAUCGUGGAACUCCCAAGUACACACCCAACACCAACCGAUCCAUUCGUUAUGGUCCGGGUCCUUCGCAAGAUAACCAAGAGAAGUUCAACGCACUCCUUCUUGCAGGAUCUGUCCUUAGCCAGGAGAAUAACAGUGCGCCAUCUACUCCCACUGUUGCUCGCCGUCCUGACCCUCGCACCCCAAACAGACAUAACAGAGGCGUCCAAUCGCUCUCCUCCUUCCCCACUACUCCUGGAUCAGCCAGACCAGUAGCCCACCCUUCCGGUCUCCUCCCUUCAGCUCAAUUCUCUCCUCACGCCGAAGCCCGCGUUGCCUCGAACCUAAGUCAACAUGUUUCGCAACACUCCCGUGAGCGUCGUCGCAAGUCCCGUGAUAGCACCAUCUCCGUCUCCGAUAACGAGGAUGUCGCCCAUUCCGGAGCCAAUUAUCGAGAGGAGAGCGAGGAAGUCCAAGAGAGUCAAGCUAGCCAGAGUGCUACGGAGAUGUUGCGUGCCGACCCUCGCGAGUCUUUUGAGGUUGCUGCUUCUCGUACCCAUACUCCUAUCCCAGCCGACAAGCACUUCCACCAAGCUAAGUUGUACGCUCCCGUCACCAAGCGCAAGCUGGACCACGAUCACAACGAACCUAUCAAGAAGAUGCGUAUAGAGGGUGUAGGUCUGGGAAUUGGGUUUGACACCGGUCGUUUGUGAUUAUCUGGAAUUCAAUGGAAUGAUUGUAUGAUAAGAUUGAUGAUAGGUGAAUAUCUCGAUGGAGUUCGACACAAGUUUGAGAAGUCUCCUGAUAUGGCAAGCAUGCAAGCAAGCAAGCAAGGGAUCAAAUCAUUCAUGGAUUUUUUUUAUUAACAACACAGCUGUAUCAUAGUUUUGGAAGGUGCUCCCCCAGCUCAGCUCAGCUUAGUUUAGCUUAGGUGCUUUUCUACUCUGUUCAGUCAGUUAACUGGCAAGUCAGCUUAGCUUAGCUUACUUAGUCUACUUAAUCUACUCAUUUCAAUUCAAUUCAUGUGGAAGCAAGCCUACCUAGCUUCUAGUUUAGAAAUUGAAAUUGAAUCUUUUCAGAGCUGUAUUUUGUUCAGUGCUUCCUUCAGAUAUGCUUUUGAGUCUUACGCGCACGUCGGCAGGUAUUGAGAGCUAAGGUAGCUAUAAUCUAAGUUGCUCUGGCUGAUCUAUGUUACAGCCAAGCCAUCUGUCCAUACAUUCAGGUAAGGCAUUGGACUUCGAUAGAUUGCAUGUGACUUCACAUGGAAGGAAAUACAAAGUAAUAUUUCUUGCCGGGAAUUUGUACUCCCUGUUGCCUGUUGUUCGUACUGCAUUUAUAGAAGGGAUGACGACAGCUUUCGGUUCUCUGGCGAGGGAGGUAAGUGGCAAGUAGAUAUGUUACGCGAGGUUCGCGAUCAAAACAUGGCACCCUUAUUUUGCUUUUAAAAACA